AUGUUGCAGAAGGGUUAUGAUGACCUAGGUUCCCGUACAGAGAAACAGGGCAUAGUACGGAGAAUAGCCUACAUUUUGUGGCAGAAGAAUGGCAAGAGCCAUUCUAAGGAGGCCUAUCUAAAAAAAAAUGGUCUGACCUAAAACGACAUAGGAUGGAUCUUAUAAAAGAGGUCAGAGACAAAAAUUGUCCAGGGGUGCCUCUUCCAAAAGUGCGCGCUAAGCGCUCAAAAAAGAAGGUGGUGGUGGAAGAGGAGAGGAGUGAGGAUGAGGAGGAUGAGGAACAGGCAGGACCAUCAGGGCAUCAGGCCCAUAGCCCAUCUGAGGCAGAUGAGGUCCAGGAGGAUGAGGAGGAGGAAGAAGACGAGGUGGUGACCACCCCCCGCCAGGAGGUACUAAAAGAAAUGAAAAAAAAAAUGAUUAUGCUGCAGCAGGAGCACUCUAGGCGGAUGAGGGCUGUCAAGCUUAAGUUUACAGAAGAAAUGAAGGCCAUGGAGGAGUGGCAUCAGAAGGCCAUAGCGGAGCUGCUCAACCAGCAUGAUGUCCUGAAAUCCUUGCCUUAG